GAGAGACCCGGGGCUCUAUAAAGAUCCAGUUUGUUCACUCUGCCUUUCUGCUCGCUUCAUUUCUGGGUUCUGACUUGUUUUCACCAGCACGCACCAAAAUGCCCAGCAAGAGGAAGAAGAACAAGCGUCGCAUGAGGAGGGUGCAGGCCCAGAGGAGAGCCCUCGAAGAGCAGCAUGCAUCCAACCCACCAGUCAAGGCAACCCCGGGGAUUGCAGUGAGUGCGCCCCCUGGAGCAACCCCAAAGAAAGCGACUAAAACUCCAGCACCAAAAAAGAUUCCAGCGGCCGUUCCCAUUGCUGUCCCCAUUGUGGAGACUCCAAAAGUAGAACUAAAACCAGUUGUGAAAGAACCUGUCGCAGUGCCUGUCCCAGUCCAAGUAGAGGCACCAGAACCAGAGCCUGUAGUGUUGGAACAGACACCAGCAGAAGUCAAGGUUGAAGUCCCAGCCCCAGUCACUGAAGAAGCACCAGUCAUUGAGUCUCCACCAGCGGAGUCCACUGUAGUUGAAGUUGAGAUAGUACAGGAGGCUGAAACGAUCAUUCCUGAAACAGAACCAGUACCUGAGUAACCACAGAGACUGAACAGAUGAGAGAUGAGGUGGUUGCAGAAACAGCAGUGGAAUCGGUGGAGAAGGCUGCAGAUGAGGUGGUUGCAGAAACAGCGGUGGAAUCAGUGGUGGAGGCUGUCACAGAGGUACCUGAGCCAGAACAGGUGACUGAACCCAUAGUCAGUCCUGCAUCCCCAGAAGAGGAUGACGCUGAAGUAGAAGUGUUGGCUGAAGAAGAGGCGACUGAAGUCCCAGCUGAGCCUGUUACAAUGACAGAGGAUGCUCCAGUCCAAUCUGUGGAAAUCCCAGAGGUGCCAGUCGCCGUCCCUGAGGCUCCGGUAGUAGAGAAUAGUAUAGAGGUCCCUGUAACUGAAGUCAAAGAGGCUCCUGCCACCCUGGAGACUGCUGACAACCUAGUCGAUGACUUUGUUGUCACAGAAUCUGCCUCUGCAGUGGAGGUUGCCAUUGCUGAGUCUGCUGCUGUCCAGCCGGAAAUUGUUGAAAUUAGUGACACCAUCAACAGCCAAUCAGAAUCUAUGGAUGUGACGCCCGCUGAGCCUGAGCCUGAGCCUGUCCCUGUCCCUGACUCUGUCCCUGUCCCUGUCCCUGACUCUGUACAGGAAAUUGUCGUUGACGCCACUGCUGAGCAGAAAUGUCUGGAUGUGCUGUCAGAAGAGCCUAAGUCAGAAAUCUGUGACAUGCCGUGUCAGAUGCAGCUUGCUGUGGAGUCUGUGGAGAUGUCAGUGGAAGCAUCGCUGAAUGGACACAUUGUUCCAGAGGUCUCCAUUGAGGGCUAGAUGCACAUCACACAGCUUGGAAGACCUUUUCUAUUCCCCUUUGGUCAUUUGGAGGACUCAAAGCUUUACAGGGAGUCAACCAGCUGGCAUUUUAAAUUUUUUAGGGCUUAUGUGAGAACCGCCAGGAAAUUGAAGGGACAUCCACACUUUGAAGUGCCUUUUCCGGCCGUUGUUCCUGUCAAAACACCAAACCAGAUGUCAACACGCCAAAACUGCUGCAUUCAAGGCAGCACAACAGACUGUUGUCAUACGUGUCCGGAAAUGGAAACAAACAUAUUGUGGCUCUUUUUUUUCGUGUUUCUCCCAUAAAGCACGUACAGUGAAUUUGCAUUAGCAGUGGAAGCGGAAGUGCUCAAGAGAUGGAGGUUCCUAAAACAAGAUAAAUGGCAGCGCCUGAUAUUUCUUGGCAUGUUCCCAUCUCUCCAGAACAUCUGCUUCCACGCUGCAUACACUCAGUGCAUGUGAAUUCUGUAGCAUCGAUGAAUGUUGCUAUAGUUUGUACUUGAGUCUAUGUUCAUAUGGGUGGGAGAAACAACUUCAUGUUCUUUUUUUUUUCACAUUUCAGAAUCAGAUUUUGCGCACCAGACCAUUUUUACUCUCAAAGAGACACGUCUGCAAACUUCCCCCAUCGCCUUAAUUUCUGUCCCCUUCUCUGUCCUCCAGUUCUCCUCUCUGCCUCAACUAUGUGUCAAUGCUAAGGUUAGUGUGAUGCUAAAACAUGGUUUUAGAUUUUAUGGCUGCUGGAGCCUGGAGUCUGAGGGGACGAACUGAGAGGUCAUUUUCCGUUUCUUUUUUUCUCACUUUCUCCUUUUUUAAAUUCAUUUUGUAUAGACCAUAUGAUGUGUUACAGUUUUGUGUUCAAAGCCUGUGCUCUGGAGGGAAAAUGUAAUGUGAUCUGUUCAUGUGGAUCUCUGUUGGGCUGAUUUGAUCCACCUUUGAAAUAAAGCUGUAUCUCAUCGUGA